CUCGUGCUCGUUCGACAAACACGCUAACAAUAGAAAGAGAAGAAGAAACAGGUCUGGCGCUCGUUAAUCUAUUUUGUCCCAUAUUUUCAGGAUCUGCCAUUGUUUGUUUUCCAGAGUGAGGGAGAAAAGAGAAAAGAUGAAAUGGGAAGAUAUAGACAGGAACCUAGCGAAGAUGUUCGAAGGGGCGAACCUCAGCGACUGCCGCGAGCGACGAAAGCUGCGUGAGGCUUUCAAAGAUGUGCAACUCAGUCUCGAUCACUGCCUCUUCAAGUCCUAUGAGGUGAACACUCGAGGAUUGGAGAUUUAUUCGAAAAGUUGGCUUCCUGAGAAUUCUUCAAUAAAGGCUAUAAUUUGUCUUUGUCAUGGAUACGGUGAUACUUGUUCGUUUUUCUUUGAAGGAAUUGCAAAAAAAUUGACAUCUGAGGGAUAUGGAGUGUUUGCAUUGGAUUACCCUGGAUUUGGUCUUUCAGAAGGCCUUCACGGCUACAUACCUAGUUUUGAUGAUCUUGUUGGUGAUGUAGUUGAGCAUUUCACAAAAAUAAAAGAAAAACCUGAAUAUAAAGGCCUUCCGAGUUUCCUAUUCGGAGAAUCCAUGGGCGGAGCAGUUGCUUUAAAGGUUCAUCUCAAGCAGCCCGAGGCAUGGGAUGGUGCAGUUCUUGCUGCACCAAUGUGUAAGAUAUCAGAUGAUGUUGUUCCAUCUUGGGCAGUACAACAAUUUCUUAUCGGUAUGGCGAAGUUUCUUCCUAAAAGAAAAUUAGUUCCUCUAGCGGACUUGGCAGAAAAGGCAUUCAAGGAUUUAGAAAAGAGAGAGAUGUGCAAGUUUAAUGUAAUUUGUUACAGAGAUAAACCGCGCCUAAGGACAGCAGUCGAGCUCCUAAGAGUAACGCGAGAAAUUGAAAGCCGAUUAGAAGAAGUUUCUCUCCCUCUGUUAAUUUUACACGGUGACGCGGAUGUUGUAACCGAUCCUUCAGUGAGCAAGGCUUUGUACGAGAAGGCAUGCAGCUCGGACAAGAAGCUCUGCUUGUAUGAAGAUGGGUAUCAUUCUCUUCUUGAAGGAGAAUCGGACGAGAUUAUAUUCAAAGUUUUCGGUGACAUUAUCGGUUGGCUUGAUGUACAUAGUGAAAAAAUAAUAUCGUCGUCAUGAAUUUUCCCUCUGACACAUGCAAAAUUUUGUUUUUAUAUUCUUGUUUUGAGCUUUGAAGUUAGCUCAGAAAGCCAUCUUAUUGGUUGGAAGUAAUAGAAGGAAGAUGAGAAAUGUUGUACUCUUAGUAUGAGAAGUGAAGAUGCAUGUAUCCUUGGUGAACAAUAUUGGUAAGCUUAAUUUUAAAUACAAGGUUAAUGGCAGA